UCCGCGCGGCCGGCGGCCGGCAGCGGCCCGUGCGUGAGGCGGCGCUCUGCCCUCGCCGGGUUCGCCUGGCCGCGUCUCUCGGCGGCUGCCGCCCCGCCGGCCCCUCACUCACCGCCGCCAAGAUGGCUGCCGUGCGCCGGGCCCGCAGUUUCGCGCGCUGCGUGGUGCGCUUCUCCGACCGAGAACUCUGCUAAUUCCCCCCGCGGGGCCGAGGCACGGAGCGGGCGGGGGGCGGGGGCCCCCGGGACGGCGGCGGCGCCGCCGCGCGCGGCCAGCAUGGCAGAAGCUGAAGAAGAUUGUCACUCCGAUCUGGUGAGGACCGAUGACAAUGAAGGACCUGGUGAAGCAAAUCUGCAGGCAGAGCUCCAGAUGUUCAGAGCUCAGUGGAUGUUUGAGCUUGCCCCAGGUGUGAGUUCUAGUGGGUUGGAAACUCUGCCAUGCAAAUCAUCAUCAAGAGGACCUGGAGUAAAAUCUGUAGAUACCAAAGGGAAACAGGAGCUAGCAAAAGAGGAAAAGGCAAAAGAACUGUUCCUGAAGGCAGUGGAGCAAGAACAAAAUGGGGCCCUUUAUGAAGCCAUCAAGUUUUAUCGUCUAGCCAUGCAGCUUGUUCCUGACAUAGAGUUUAAGAUCACCUAUACACGUUCCCCAGAUAGUGAAGGAGUUGGAAAGAGGUGUGCUGAGGACAGCGAAGACGACGGCCAGAUGGCCGAUCUCUUGACAGAUUUCCAGCAGCAGUUGACACUUCAGGAAUCCUCUGUCAAACUUUGCCAGCCCGAGCUUGAUGUCAGYCAGACCCAUAUCUCAGUGUUGCCUCUGGAAGUCCUCAUGUACAUUUUCCGAUGGGUGGUUUCCAGUGACUUGGACUUGAGAUCAUUAGAGCAGUUAUCUCUUGUUUGUCGAGGAUUUUACAUYUGUGCAAGAGAUCCUGAAAUCUGGCAUCAAGUUUGUUUGAAAAUAUGGGGCAGGAGCUGCAAUAAACUUGUUCCAUACACCUCUUGGAGGGAAAUGUUUUUAGAGAGGCCUCGUGUUCGAUUUGAUGGUGUAUACAUCAGCAAGACAACAUAUAUACGUCAAGGAGAACAAUCUCUUGAUGGUUUCUAUAGGGCAUGGCACCAAGUGGAAUAUUACAGGUAUUUGAGAUUCUUUCCAGAUGGCCAAGUUAUGAUGCUAACAACUCCUGAAGAUCCUCAGUCUAUUGUUCCUCGCUUGAGGACUAAAAAUACAAGAACCGAUGCAAUCUUGCUUGGCCAUUACCGCCUUUCCCAGGAAACGGACAAUCAAACCAAAGUAUUUGCUGUAAUAAUGAAGAAAAAGGAAGAGAAACCAAUUGACUACCACAAAUACAGGUAUUUCCGCCGUGUUCCUGUACAAGAAACAGACCACAGUUUUCAUGUAGGACUGCAGUUGUGCUCCAGUGGGCGCCAGAGAUUCAACAAGCUUGUUUGGAUACAUCAUUCUUGCCACAUAACUUACAAAUCGACGGGCGAAACAGCAGUGACCACUUUUGACAUUGACAAGAUGUACACGCCCUUGUUCUUUGCACGAGUGAAGAGUUUUACUGCGUUUUCAGAAAAGCCGCUCUAAGAAACACCUUGUCCUCUCACAGGUCUUGCAUGAAUAAAAGGUUGUAGCAAACGAGCACUUAAGUUAUGAAUGUGUAUAUAUUUGGAACAUUUUAAAAUUGGGGGAUCUUGGGGGGAAGGCCAUGUGUUCUAUUUGAUUAGGAGUGGCUGGAGAUGAAGCUUAUGAGUAUUAAUCAUCUUUUCUUUGUGACUAGACUUUGAUAAUAAAGUUCUUAUUUUAUUUUUUAAACAGAUUUUAUAAAUCAGUCUGCCUAAAAUGCGAGUCUUCAUCUGCCUGGGCACCUUAAUGGUGUGUCCAAAGGAGCCGUCAUAGGAAAAUCUCAUUGUCCAUGGGACAUUGUGCACAUGCACUCUGGUGAAGGCUCGAAAUGUGAAGGGGAGAAACUUGUCUUGUAUCUGUUAAACCGUGUUACAUACGAGAACUUCAAAUAAAUGUUUAAUUUAUUUUGUUUGCCUUUAAGAUCUGGCAUUAUGUCAACAUGAAACUUAAGAAAAAACAAUCAAAAGGCAGGCACAGGAGAAGUAUAAAUUUAACCGCAAAGGUGYGUGACCACCAACACAGUGCUGCCARUUGGUCAUGAAUGAGAUCUGGUCUGGACACAAGUUCAGGGGAGGGUGCCUUGGGGAGGGAGUUAUUCUCGUGUCCCAUAGUGGAACUGGCCGAGCACGUGGCACUGCUUGGGAAGUGGCUCAGUGGUCAUAGGAGCUGUGGGAUGUGCACUAGUUAUGAAGUGAUAGCAUUAGUAAGAAGAGCAGGGCUCACCUGGACACAUUUGUAAUGUAAUAUAACCCUUCAUCUAACCUCGCUCCAGAUGCUGUAAAUCCUCUGGGCAUUUGUUUCACUAAGAUAAAUUUUGAGGCUGCUGUAGAUGUUCGGGUGCUGCGUACUGCUAACCAUGAAGUGUACCCUGAGGUUUAUUGCAGGCCCUGUGUGCUGCUUCUCCUGCAUAUAUCGCUUGGGGGUGUAGUGCAGACACUGUAAUGCCGCUUACUCUAUAUGUAUCUUGGAUUCUGAAAGAACUGAGCUUGCUAGUGUAAUGUUUUUAAAGGCAUUUUGUGUAAUCUUUUCCUUUGAACAUCUCAUUUUAAAAUACUGACCUGGACUAGAGGACUGAUGCGUGAAAGAACUGUUGAAAGAACUAUACUUGUUCCGUAAUUUAUAAAGUGUAUCUUUGCAAGGAGCUACACAAAAAUAUUAAUAAACCAUGACU